GCACGCACGUAUUCUCUCGCUCUGUAUUAUUGCUCAGAAGCCAGCCACCAUGGGGAGUUAAGGGCAAGACGACGGGUUAUUUUCGUUAAUAUUUAAUAACAGAAAGCUAUCCAUAUGCUGCGUUUUGGAGCACACAGUUCGUGCCAGUAUCCCCAAUGCAGCGGAUUAAGGGGAACGGGCUUUCAGAGACGGGAGAAUUCUUUAUCUGCAAAAUCCUUGGGGAAGAUCUGACCUCUGCCUUGUGCAAUCAGAGACAUGAGUGUUGUCAGAGAAUUACACGGGAUCGGGUACCGGGGUGGAGGUGGGGUUGUGGCUCCUCUGAGCGGCCCUACGCACUUCACAGAGGAUGCUCCACGACCCCCAGUACCUGGUGAGGAGGGAUCAGAUGUGGACCCCCCAGUCCAAUCGGCCAACACCCGUCCAAACACCCUUUCCCAAACCCUUGGCUUCCCUCCGUCAUCCGCUUCAUCUAAAAUGGGGGAUCCGUCAAGUUACACACCCUCCUCAUCAUCUGCAACUCCACGCCGCCCAGAUUUGGACUUGGGGUAUGAACCCGAGGGCUCGGCGUCACCAACGCCACCUUACCUGAAGUGGGCUGAAUCUCUUCACUCACUCCUGGACGACCAAGAAGGUAUCCAGCUGUUCCGAAACUUCCUGUGUCAGGAGGGCUGCGCAGACCUUCUUGAUUUUUGGUUUGCCUGUUCGGGGUUCCGGAAGACCAGCCAGGAGAAGAGGUUAAAGCUGGCCAAAGCCAUCUACAGGAAAUACAUUGUAGAUGGAAGUGGCAUAGUGUCCAGGCAGAUCAAGCCCGCUACCAAGAGCUUCAUCAGAGACUGUGUCGGAAGGCCACACCCAGACCCUGCCAUGUUCGAACAGGCUCAGACUGAGAUUCAGGCCAUGAUGGAGGAGAACACCUACCCUUUGUUCCUGAAGUCAGAUCUGUACCUGGAGUACACUCGGACAGGAGGAGAGAGUCCCAAACCUAACCCCAGUGAUCAGAGCCCUUCAUCGGGGCCAGCGAAGCCUGUGCCUGGGUAUUUACCCACACUCACUGAGAAUGAAGAGUGGAGAUGUGGAGGAGGAACGAGGGAGGUGGAGGAAGAGAAAGAUGAGGAGUGUGGAGACACACCAGCUGGCAGACUGACUCACAGCCUGCUGAUGCAGACAGUGCCACAGAGAGCGACGGCCAGCAGGAGGAGGCAGGACAGCAGGGAAUACAGACCAUGGAGAGAGCCGGUGAACCCAUACUACGCAAACAUGGGCUACGCUCGCGCUCCAGCAACUAGUGCCAAUGACAGUGAGCAACAGAGCAUGUCGAGUGACGCGGACACAUUGUCAUUGACCGACAGCAGUAUAGAUGGUAUUCCUCCAUACAGAUAUCGGAAGCAGCAUCGUAAGGAGAUGCAUGAAAGUGCCAAAGCAAAUGGACGUGUUCCCCUACCUCAUAUACCUCGCACAUACCGCAUGCCAAAGGACAUCCAUGUAGAGCCAGAGAGGUUUGCAGCUGAACUCAUCAGCAGGCUGGAGACGGUUCUCAGAGAAAGAGAGGCUCAGGAGCGACUCGAAGAGAGGCUCAAGAGAGUACGACUGGAAGAAGAGGGGGACGAUGCAGACAUCUCCGUGACAACCUCCAUGUCUUCUCAUAGCAUACCACUCCCCCUCCCCUCAUCGUUUCCACCUCUCUAUGGCGCCCGAUACUCAGAGACCACUGCUAACACGGCAACAGUCGCAACUUACGGCAGCCUAGUUGCUAUGGAGGAUUCCCAUGACGAUGACCCAGAAUCUAUUUUGGAUGAGCAUGUUCAACGUGUGAUGAAAACACCAGGCUGCCAGUCACCUGGGGCAACCAACAGCACAUUAGGAGGGGGUCGCCACACUCCUCCAAAAUCAUCACGUUCACCCGAUGGAGGGAUUGGCCCACCUCACUACCCCCCACACCGAGGGGGAGGCCACAGCCUGCCUGCUGCGGGGGUCAAAGGUAUGCAUCACCACAAGCAGCCGUACCUCCAUAGAGGAAGAGAAGGACAGGAAGAGGCGGGAUCUCGGUCUCAGCCCAACUUCCUAUGGAAUGGAGACCCAGCCAACCAGUAUGCAGGGAGAAUUCGCAAUUACGCUGACGGCGCUGGGGCCAGCACGCUGGAGGGCAUGGGCUACAGUAGUAAAGGAAGCACGCUAUCGCGGCGAGGCUGCAAGAAGACAUCAGAGACAUCAGGCAAAGGCGAGGAAAGUGGGCGUGGACUGGAGGGCCAGGUACCAUUGGAGGAUAUGGAAAGAAACCAGAAGAUUCUGCAGUGGAUGAUGGAAGGAGAGGCGCUCAGGCACAAGAAGGGCUCCCAUGGUGGCAGCACCAGUGGCUCCAGGAGGACCGGAACCAGCAGCGAGUCUCCACGUCCCACCUCAGUGGAGCGUCCUGGAGCCGUGCACCCCUGGGUCUCAGCCCAGCUGCGCAACAACACCUCCUCUGUGUCCCCUGCCAUCUCCAGCUCAUCAGCCACCCAGGUCCAGCCCUCUCACCCCUUCAUCCAGGACCCAGCUAUGCCCCCCAACCCGGCUCCAAACCCCCUCACCCAGCUGGAGGAGGCUAGGAGAAGGCUGGAAGAGGAGAGGAAGAGGACCGCAUUACAGCAGGCCAAGCAGAGGCAUAAGACUGGGAAGCGCCAAUUGUGUGAGAACAUGACGGUCGCAUACUACUUCUGUGGAGAGCCAAUCCCAUACAGAACAUCAGUAAAAGGCCGGGUGGUGACUUUGGGCCAGUUCAAGGAGUUGCUUACCAAAAAGGGCCACUACAGGUUCUACUUCAAGAAAGUGAGCGACGAGUUUGACUGCGGCGUGGUGUUUGAGGAAGUGCGCGAUGAUGACGCCAUCUUGCCUAUAUUUGAAGAGAAGAUCAUCGGGAAGGUGGAGAAAGUCGACUGAAAUUUUUGGGAACAGAAGAUGAACCAGAAGAUUGCAAAAAUAAAUAUCAUGUGUUGGAGAUGGGAAGAGAACAUUGGAUAGAAAGUUAGCUGGGAGAAAAAGAACAUAAGAAAGUAGAAAGAUGGAUGAAGCAACGUGUGACUUUAAGGAGAUUGGGCUGCGUGGAGAAAGUUUUCUGAAAUAUCAGGAUAUCUGGAUCGAACCUACAGAAGGAGAAGGUGCUGGGCUGGACGAAACAAGGAAAGGACUUAAAUAAUUUCACCUGUCUUGUCUCCACUGUGGAUUUUUUGCGGUGAAGGCUGUUAAAUCUGACAUCUGGCCAGUCUUCCAUUUCCACUACAACUGAUGGGGGAAAAAAGGAUGGCUUGAAGGAGAGAGGAUGAGUAGUCUUCCACUUCUGCUCUGGAGGAGGCCCGUUUCCUCCGCAGACCAUUACAAAUGCUGCUACAUUACCACGGAAACUCUUCAAAAAAUCGGUGCUCGGGACAGUAAAGAAGGCGCUUCUUUCUUUCUCGUUUUUUUUUUUUUUUUUUUUUUUUUUUUUGAGAACCUCCCUGUCUUUUUGCGGUCUCUGUUCCUCAUCAGGAGGAGUAUUCUUGGGAAGUGGAACAGGAGCCUGCUUCUCCUCUCAUUGACUUCGUAGCCUCAAAUCAUAUUCACCCCCGUUCCCUAGAUGUCAUGUAGUGAUUCGUCAACAUGUUCAGACAACAGUUCUCUACGAAACGUGUUUACCAAAGCUACAUAUUUUUGAUAAGACAAGUAUCCUAGCUACUUGUUUUUCAUUUUAUUUGAAUUGUGUAUGUACAAGGCAGGUACUAUUAAUGCAGCCUAAUUUUGUCAUAUCUCAACUUAAUGUCGUAUUAUUGUGUAUGUUUUGAAGCUAGUUCAUUAGUCAUUUCAGGACAGUCAUGUUGGUUUUUUCCCCUUUAUACCACAGCUCCCAAAUCUGUACUGUUUACCUUAGAGUGUGCAGUAUCCCAUAAGGAUUUUUUUUUCACCCUGAUAAAUCAGUUAUUAGUGAAUUAUCACAAAAAAGAGGAGCACACAUACAUGAUUUUUUUUUUUUAAUGACGUCUGUUAUUUUUCUGGUUUCUCUCUCAUAAUGGACCUCAUGUUUUUUCUGCGAUACUGAGAGCCUGUGUAACAUUACCUCCGAGCUCAGUCUAGGUGCCUGCCCGCCUGCCUGGCCAGUGCCAUUAUUACUAUGUCGAAUGCUUAUCUCUGAAAUACGUGUGAGAGCCUGUGUCAUGUUGUGUAACUCAGCCAAAGAGCAUAUUGUGCGUCGCGUAAAAGCCUACACGAGUGUCCUUUUGCAGUCCACGAGUAUCAGAUGUGUUGUUUCUAGCCAGAGCAGAAGGGAAUCUGUUCUUCUUGUUAGAUUCCCACAUUCACAGCGUAGCCUAAAUGAAUCGCUCUGCAUUUUGGGAAAUACAUAUAGCAAGGUUUUUUGUUUGGUUUUUUUUUGUUUACAUUUAAGACACAACACUCCUCUAUGUAGUCAUAUUGUAGAAAUCCGUAUGUGGAUAUGGAUGUUUAUUAAGCAUAUAGUUAAUUCAGAUCUUACUAGUCAAAUUGUACAUGACAGAUAUCUAUAAUGACAUUCUACCAAAACACAAUUAACAUACCCACAUUAUAAUUCCUAUUGGAAAAAAAAUGCAUCAUUUCAUGUGUAUUCAGGCUACUCUUUCAAUUUCUCCGGCAGAAUUCUUGUUCAUUUUAGUCGUCAGUAAUGUUUGUAGACAUCAGUUGCAUCUGAAAUUUAAUUUCAACUAAAUUGAGGAUAUCUGAAUAGACAUUGGUACCUGUCACAAAUGGCAGGGAUAUCUGGAAUGCUUUUAUGUGAAAUUCACAUUAAGACUUGUAACAAUUAGUAUGUAGAUAUUUCAGAAGCGAGAUUGUAGUUGGAGUCCUUCAACACUAUCAUCUUAUUUGCAAAAGGACAGAUUGCAGUGAACAAACUGAUACAUUUAUUGCUGCUGCAUCCAUAAUCGAAAUACACAUCUAGCAUUUCUGCAUUAAAAUGUAAAAAAAGUGCCUAGGCCUACGUUAGGUUUAGUUGCCUUGUGUCUGUGUGUUACAUUAGAUAUUUCCAAUGAUUUUCAAAUUCAGAGAAAUCUAAUGAAUUUUUUCUGUUAUGGUUGGUUUUCUUUUGUCGCCUAUCAGCAGUGUUGUGUCCCAUUUUUUCGAUCAUUUUACUUCAGUGAAAUAACAGCGUGAACAUACGUCACUAAAGGUGAUUUGAAUUAAACUGCUAUUUUGUAUUUACUUCUUACUCUGAUAUUCAGUCACACAGUUUAUUAGUUUCAGGCUUUUAUUGUGAAAGGUAAUGAUGAAGGGGUGGAUCUGCAACAUGUUUUAAGGUUUUGUCUGAGAUGAGGAGGCAAAAAAUACCUACUGUGUGUUAAAUUCCUAACCAAAAAACAAAACAGAAUCUCGUUUUCCACAUUGACUGUUGCCCAAGAACGUCAUAUCUUUGUAAGACAGUAAAUUUCCCAAAGUGUUGGAGCUUUUCCUUGGCUUGCUCACAUCAGUACAGUACUGCAGUAAACUCCUGAGGCCAGAAUACCACGCAGCGCCGACAGCCGGUGCUUAUCGACACACCAGCUACGUAAGCUGAAUGUAAUUUUCCUUUUAUUUUUAAAUUUUUUUUUAAACAUACCUGCUGCAGAGGAGGUCUCUCCAUUGAUCAUGUCAUUAUCUCUGAGUCCGUCUUCAGUUUCGAGCUCAAACUGUGGACCUCAGCGAGUGCUGUUUGCGUCAUCUAUGCUGGUUCAUGAACUGAAUGUGUUCAUCAAACGUCGGCAGGAAUGUCGAACAAAAUGAGUUCAGUAAGGGACUCAUGGGAUUGGAAAACGUAUUUGUCCUUACUUCAACCCAUUAUGCCUUUGAUAUAAAAUGAAAAAUUUAGUUUCUAAUGUAUUUGUUUAUAAAAAAAAAUGUAAUUUUAAUAAUCACCAAGCAUGUUCUUUAUAAGGAAUGUUUUCCUGAUGAGUUGAAUUAUCUAUUUUAUUUUAAUGUUUCUGAUGAACUCUUCUGGCCCUCUGAUAUAUUUUCUGUUUUGUUAGAAAGAACGCCCAGGGACAGUCCAUCAACAACAUUUGUUAAGCGUUGUUUCUCGUGACUAUGAUUAUCCUACAGCAGAAAAAAAAAAACAACUGUUGAGUCUUCAAUUUGUGUGAAACACAGUGCCUUUAUCAUAUUAUCUUUCAAAAAUAUGUUUUAUUGAA